CGUGACGCAAUAUUCUAAAUUAUACGAUGGGUAUUAAACGCGGAGCCCUGAAGCGGUCGCCACGCCGCCAGCACGAGCGCUGCGGUGUGAUGCGUGCCGCGCGCACGUUCCCACGAGCGGUCGACGCGCAGAAGCGAGAAGUUGCGGCUUCCCUCACCAUAUGGCGGAGACCAUACCGUUGCAGGUUCUUUAACAUGCUUCCAGUCCAAUUUGGAUGAAGACUCUGUACGCGUAAGAGAAACAGUAGAGACAUGCAGUUGGAUGUUGGAAAAAAAAACGCCAUUUGGUUGGGAGCAGAUGGUUGGCUUGGGGGGGGGAGACGGAGAGGGGGGGCGGGCCGCGUCUAAAGGCGUGUCGUGCCCCUUCAGAUAGAAUCCCCAAGGGUCCCCCCCUUGUAUUCAAAAUCAAUGAAAAUUAAAGCGCAAAGAAAAGAUGAAUAGUUAGACCUCGAGUCCCUUCUUUGUUCCGUGCAGCUACUGGUGGGCAGGAGUUAAACUACAACAGCCCCCUAUAGAAACACUUAAGUUAAACAGUCUCUCCACAGUCCACCUUCUGAAAGAAAGAGGGAGCAAGAAAAAGGGGCUUUCUGCUUGAUUUAACCAAGACAGAAUCGCGUGGCAUAAAUUAAGUUUGAAAAGAAUAAGUGUACUGGGCAAGAUCCUGCAGGAUUUCACCAUGCCUUUCAGUUACGCUUUGCUGCAGUAAUGGAGAAAUGUGUGCCACGUCAGUUUAAUAAAUACCUGAUGGGUUAUGUUGGAGAAAUGACCGGUCCAUUGUAUUUUUUUUUCCUUCUUCUUCUUCUCCGAUCUUUUUGCGCGUGUAACUUUUACGCAACUCGAAAUGAUGCGGUUAAAAAUAGAGCACACCAUAAUACCAUAUCGGCAUGAAUAAAGAGGAUGCUCUAUAUUAAGGGAGAUAAUGAGCAGCAGAAGACCAUCGGAGAACAAACAAAGCUGCGCACGUCACAUCCAGGGAACGACGAGAACCGCCUUGAUCAUAUUUAAUCGAGAUGUGAUCUGUGUUUUGGAGGUAAUCAUCGCGCGCGACGGGAACGCGGAUCUGGAGACUGUCGCGCGAAACUCUGCGAUGCAGUCGCGAGGCGACGCAACGAAAAGCGUCGUUUUGUCGCCGCGGAACUUGCCGGCGCGCGUCGAGCUGACAGCAGUCUCUUCUGCGGCAGAGGCGCGCGCACAGGGGUUGGGAUCCGGCGUCUUCGAGCUGAAGUUACAAGAGUUUCUCAAUAAGAAAGGGGUCUUGGGGAACACGAACUGCUGCAAGGGGGGUACGGGCUCCGGGUUCCAGCAGUGCGAAUGCAAAACGUUUUUCAGGAUCUGCCUCAAGCACUACCAGGCAAACGUGUCGCCCGAGCCCCCCUGCACCUACGGCGGAGCCGUGACCCCCGUCCUGGGCUCCAACUCCUUCCAAGUGCCCGAAACGACGUCGGACAACUCUUUCAGCAACCCCAUAAAAUUCCCCUUCGGAUUCACAUGGCCCGGGACCUUCUCGCUCAUCAUCGAAGCGCUGCACACCGAUUCCAGCGACGACCUUUCAACAGAGAAUCCAGAGCGUCUGAUCAGUCGCAUCACGACCCAGAGGCACCUCACGGUGGGAGAAGAGUGGUCCCAGGACCUGCAGACCGGGGGGAGGACCGAGCUCAAGUACUCGUACCGCUUCACGUGCGACGAGCACUACUACGGUGACGGCUGCUCCGUGUUUUGCCGGCCGCGCGACGACGCUUUCGGCCACUUCACGUGCGGCGAGCGUGGCGAGAUCGUGUGCAACGCGGGCUGGAAGGGCCAGUACUGCACUGAGCCAAUCUGCCUCCCGGGGUGUGAUGAGGAGCAUGGGUUUUGCGACAGGCCUGGCGAAUGCAAGUGCCGUGUAGGUUUCAGCGGACGCUACUGCGACGACUGCAUCCGUUACCCCGGCUGCCUCCACGGCACCUGUCAACAACCGUGGCAGUGCAACUGCCAGGAGGGCUGGGGCGGUCUCUUCUGCAACCAAGAUCUCAAUUACUGCACCCACCACAAACCCUGCAUGAAUGGAGCCACUUGUACCAACACUGGCCAGGGAAGCUACACCUGCUCUUGCAGGCCGGGCUUCACGGGUGCCAGCUGCGAGAUCGAGGUCAACGAAUGCUCUGACAACCCCUGUAGGAAUGGAGGAAGCUGCACUGAUCUGGAGAACACCUACAGCUGUGCGUGCCCCCCUGGUUUCUAUGGGAUGAACUGCGAGCUAAGUGCCAUGACGUGCGCCGACGGUCCGUGCUUCAACGAGGGACGCUGCGUCGAUAAUCCGGAUGGCGGAUACUACUGCCAGUGCCCCUCAGGCUAUGCCGGCUUUAACUGCGAGAAGAAGAUUGACCACUGCAGCUCGAACCCGUGUGCUAACGGUGCCCAAUGCGUGGACCACGUCAACUCUUACCUGUGCCAGUGUCCAGAGGGUUUCAUGGGAAAGAACUGUGACAACAACAUUGAUGAAUGUGCCAACUAUCCCUGCCAGAAUGGCGGCACAUGCCAGGAUGGAAUCAGUGACUACUCUUGCACGUGCCCUCCGGGAUACCUGGGCAAAAACUGCACUGUCCCCGUGAGCAGGUGUGAGCAUAACCCGUGUCACAACGGAGCCACCUGCCACGAGCGGGACGGGCGCUACGUGUGCGCUUGCUCACAGGGCUAUGGUGGGAAGAACUGCCAGUUUCUGCUGCCUGAGCACCCUGGCAGCCAACCGGCCAUCAAGGCCCCGGGCAAGAGGUACUCCGAGGCAGGCGAAUUUCCCUGGACGGCGGUGUGCGCAGGGAUCAUCCUGGUUCUGCUGCUUCUCCUCGGCUGCGCUCUGCUGGCCGUGUACCUCCGCAUGAAGGUGCAGAGCGGCAGCCAGAUGCCUGACGGCCACGGCGAGAGCGAGACCAUGAAUAACCUGACCAACAACUGCCACCGGGAGAAGGACCUCUCGGUCAGCAUCAUUGGCGCAGCCCAGAUCAAGAACACCAACAAGAAGGUGGACUUCCACUGCGACAACAGCAGCGGGGAGAAAAACGGCUACAAGGCCCGCAACCCGUCCGUGGAUUACAAUCUUGUGCACGAACUGAAGCACGAGGAGUUGCCCGUGGCCAAAGAGGACCACGAAAGAAGCGAAGUCAAGUGCGAAGCCCUGGACUGCGAGCUGGAAGAGAAGCACAGGAAGCGUCUAAAGAGCGACCCUUCGGAAAGGAGGCGUGCGGAGUCGAUGGGCAAAGACACAAAGUACCAGUCGGUGUACGUGAUAUCGGAGGAGAAAGAUGAAUGUAUCAUUGCAACUGAGGUCUGACGGCACACCAGGGGGUGUUCCUGGUCUGCUCCACGGGAGGAUUUACUCCGUCGAAUGCUGCUCAAACCAGAGGGAAGGUUUCCUUAGCAUGACUGCUGCUGUGGGACUGAGACGUCGAAACUGAUAUUCAGAAUGAGCUGGUUCUCAACUGAAGUAAGCACAGUGACUGCAUAAGCGGAAGUUGGACCAUACUGGCCCGCGCUCUCAAGAAAAAGUUUAGUUUCCCAGGAACGUGCGUAAUGACCUUGUUGCACUGCCUGUGAGGACAGUUUUUUGUUUUUUUUUUUUAACCUCAUUGCACUAUGGACAGUUGCUUUUAAAAGACGUAUUUAACACGAAAAUGAAGAUGACUUGAUCACUGUGUGUAAGAAACUUGCGAUGACUGCAGUGUGCGUUUCAAAGUCUUCUCAUCCACUUGUGAUUUGUUUUGAAGCAAAAAAAAGAAAAAGAGGAAAAAAGAAAAAAAAAACACUGCCGUCAAAACA